CUGUCAGCUGUGGAGAGGGAAGGAAGGUGUGUUUAGUUGGAGUGGGGUGUUUCAGGAGCGCAGCAUCGUCUCACUCUCUCACGAGCGCAUUGCCUCGCCUUUUGUUUGAUCCAACUCGUGUCCAUUUCCCCGUUUCUCCCUUUAUUUUCCACGGAUACACGUUUCCCGGACAAAAACGUUUAUGGUCCUGGCUGAAGAUUCCACGAUGUCUCGCACCGACGAGGUUCACCGCAUGACGGAAAACGUCUAUAAGACCAUCAUGGAGCAGUUCAACCCCUGCUUACGGAACUUUGUUGCCAUGGGGAAGAAUUAUGAGAAGGCCCUUGCCAAUGUGACGUUUGCUGCCAAAGGUUACUUUGACGCUCUAGUCAGAAUGGGCGAACUUGCAAGCGAGAGUCAAGGAUCCAAAGAUUUGGGGGAUGUGCUGUUCCAGAUGGCUGAGGUCCACAGACAGAUCCAAGUGCAGCUAGAGGAGAUGUUGAAAUCAUUCCACAACGAGCUCCUCUCUGAGCUGGAGAAGAAGGUGGACCUGGAUGCCCGUUAUCUGACUGCUGCCCUGAAGAAAUACCAGGUGGAACACAAGAAUAAAGGGGAGAGCCUGGAAAAGUGCCAGGGUGAACUGAAGAAACUUCGCAGGAAGAGUCAGGGCAGCAAGAACCCGUCCAAGUAUGGAGAGAAGGAGAUGCAGUUUGUGGAGACCAUCAGCAGUAAGCAGACUGAGCUGGACACCUUCAUUGCUGAGGGGUACAAGACAGCCUUGUCUGAGGAGCGUCGCAGGUACUGCUUCCUGGUGGACCGCCAAUGUGCUGUGGCCAAGAACAGCAGCGCCUACCAUGGCAAAGGUAAAGAUCUCCUGACCCAGAAGAUUCCAGUGUGGCAACAGGCCUGCUCAGACCCCAACAAGCUGCCGGAGAGGGCCAUGCUCCUGGCCCAACAGAUGGGCUCUGCCGCUCUCGGUGGCACAAGCCCCCUGCAUACCUCCAAAUCAAAUCUGGUCAUCUCAGACCCCAUCCCAGGGGCCCAGCCUCUUCCUGUGCCCCCAGAGCUGGCUGUGUUCAUGGGCAGCGGCCUCGGACAUCCAGCGAGGCUGAUUGGUCCUGAUGGUAUGUCCAUGGUCAAUGGGACAACAGGAGUCCAUGGGGAGGAAUAUUGGACGGAUGGAGGGACCAUGUCCGUGUCCCAAGUCAGGCCUUCAUCCCCUCAGACCCAGGCACAGGGCCCGCCCCAGGCUCUGCCCCAGAGACAGGUCAGCGAUGUCUACUCCAACACCCUCCCUGUGCGUAGGCCUGCCCCCGCCAAGAACAAGAACCCUGUGGGAGAGACACGGACCCUGCCCAGGUCCAGUUCCAUGGCAGCAGGCCUGGAAAAGAACGGGCGUGCUCGUGUCCAGGCCAUCUUCUCCCAUGCUGCAGGUGACAAUGGCACCCUGCUCAGCUUCUCCGAGGGAGAUGUCAUCACCCUGCUAGUGCCUGAAGCCCGUGAUGGCUGGCACUAUGGAGAGAAUGAGAAGAACAAGAUGCGUGGCUGGUUCCCUUUCUCCUACACUCGUGUGCUGCCUGAGAGCGACAAUGAGAAGCUCAAAGUGAACCUGCACCAUGGAAAAAGUAGCAGCACAGGAAACUUAUUGGAGAGUGAUGCAUCACUGCCUACACCUGACUACGGCCUGACUGCCCGACUGCUGGCACAGAGCCUCGCACAGACCCGCCCGCGCCCCUACAGCAUGGCAGGCUUUGGCACACAGCCUGCUAUUGAGGAUUAUGACGGCCGCUUUGCCACAAGUUUGGGUCCAGAAUUGUCUCGGUUCUGAGGAAACAGGACCUCCUGACCGUUCCUUGGAGGUCUACCUCAGGCCCACGUACACUGAUGACCGAUCUGCACCCAUCUUCUACUAGCAGCCUGCUUUUCCCGCUUUUUGUCCACUUAUGGGCCCUUUUUUAUUUUGAAGUGGAGAAAUUUUUUGUUAACAUUAGCAAGUUUGAGUUUUAUGAUACGACACGAGGGCCCAGACGUGUGACUGAGGGGGGAAAUCACCUCAAGGAAUAUGUUACACCACUAGUUUCUUUGCCAUGGAAAUUCACUCAGAGAAUUUCAGAUUGAUCCUCAUGAUGUUUUGAAAAUGCUUUCGCAAACUUUGAAUGCCCCAGCUUGAGCAUUCAAAUGCAAACAUGACAGCAGAUUUUAUUAGUUGUUUAGAUUGCACCAGUUGUGUAUAAGGUAUGGCUAAUAGGUUUUUACUAGAGGUGCUGUCACAUUAUUAUUUAUCUGCACUCCUACUUUGGGAUCUCUUUUAUGUUCUUCCAACACUAAACACUGUAAAUUUCAUUUGAGGAUUACUGACAUUAAUAAGCAGUGAAGGAACACUCUGCAUUAGUUGCUUAGGGGUGGUUUGAGGGUGGGUUGAAGCUGGUGGGUAAGAGUUUUCAUUGCGUCAUGGAUGAUGCAGAAUCAAAGAUAGGAAACUGCCACAGAUAGCUAGAAUGAAACAAUAAUUCUGCUUUUGCUAAGUGAUACAGUACUAUAUAUUUCCUAGUUGUGAUACAGUACACCCAUAUUUUCAAUGUGGGAACUGUGCCUUUGAUUUUUUUUAACAUAUGCUUAAUGCCGCGAUCAUCUUGUUAACUGAUUUGAGGGUAUAUGCAUAACAGUUUCACUUGUAUUUUUAUAUUCUGAGAAGUAUAACAGGGAUUACAUCCCUUUUUAUCGUCUUCAUUUGUAAAUUUAAGAACUUUUUCUUUCUUUUUUGUUUGCUUAGCAAGCUUCAAUUGAGUGCAAUUUCAAAUACACAUACAAGUACAAGAAUAUCCUGAAUCUUUCUGUCUCCUUAAAUUUCAGUGAUACCUAAGCUGCCAGAUAGCCAAGAGAUGAAAUAAAGCGCACACAUAUUGGGUCUUUUUAUAUGUAAAGUAGCUUUGAGGGAGUUGUAGCUUAUCAUAUAAGGUACAGUAUUAUCAUGGCUUUUGAUCAUUCAUGCUCAGUAUUUUACACUCAUCUGGGAAAAAAAACUUAGGCAGAGGCAUAUAUCUAUGGUGGAAAUGACAGUUAACUGUAUAAUAGGAGAGAAAUAACAUGCAUGGUUGUGUGAAUGAGUUAAACAGCCUCUUAUAAAUACUUCUACAGGUACACCAUGAAGAAGCGAGUCCUUUUCACUGAACGAUUUGAUCAGGAUUUUAUGAAACCGCUCAUUUGGGCAGCACGAUUCAAAUCGCUUUUUUUUAACUUUUAUAUAGCUUUCAUUGUCCAUUUCUCACUUUUGUCACUGUUUGUAUUAUAUCUGUUCUGUACAGAAAGUGCUUAUAAAUUAUCUUGUCCGAAAUAAAUCUAAAUGGGCACAAACGUCA